UUGUAAAGUAUCAAUUUAUAGGGACCGUGCAAUUUCACCAAAAGGAUAACACACAAUUUCUUUCAGGAAACUUAUUAAUUGUAUCCUAUUUCAAGAUGAACUACAGUGGUGUGUUACGAAUUGUUUUUCUAAUGUCUGUGUUAUCGGAUGCUUACGGAAAAAUCGGUCAUAAUGUGUACAUGUAUAAGAAUGUAAAUGGAAAACCAGGACCAGACGAUUGGCCAAAUCAGUAUCCAGCUUGCAGAGGGCGGUCUCAAUCACCUAUAGAUAUCCGCACAGAGGCAACUAUUUACAGUCCGUACCUAACAGAGUUCAUAUUUAGCAGACCCUCACCAAGAUCUAAAUUCAUUGUUCAUAACAAUGGUCAUGCAAUCCAAGUGAAUACAGAAGGAAAUUUCUACCUACACCGUGGUGGACUAGGUAAUGUAUAUAGCACAGUACAGUUACACUUCCACUGGGGUGAUAGUGAUCAACAUGGUUCCGAACAUACUGUUAACGGCGCUUCAUACCCGCUAGAGAUGCACAUAGUAAAUUGGAAUUCGGACAAAUAUGUGUCAGUGGCAGAAGCCAUGAAGCAUAAAGAUGGUAUUGCAGUCCUAGGAGUCCAUUUUGAGAUCUCAACGAAUGAUAACACUGUUUUAGACCCAAUCAUCCAGGCUAUACAACAAGUGACAGAUCCAGAUUGGGAUAACCGUGUGGAGUUAACAGCCAUGUCGAUAAGAAAUUUGUUGCCAAAGAAUGCAUGUCGGUACUAUAGAUAUCAUGGUUCUCUUACGACACCUGAAUGUCAAGAAAGUGUUAUAUGGACUGUAUUUGCAGAAAAACUAACCAUCUCAGAAAGGCAGUUGAGCGUGUUUCGGCGAUGCUUGCAACCAACAAGUAACGGCCAUGGAAGCUCUUCUAGUCACAGUGCUCUUCCGCAACAAGGUAACGCAACGCCGAUAAGAGAAUCUUUGGUGAACAACUACAGGCCAGUUCAACCGUUACAUGGGCGGCAUGUCUACAGAAGUUAUUCAUUAUGGCCUGGAGCACAGUCUUUCGCGACAUUUUUCUAAGGCCUUUUUUUUCUUUAAUCUGAUGACUUUAAAUAAACAAUUUUUAUCAAAUGACAUCAAAAGUUCUUUAUUCUUUUCAAACAGUAUAAUAAAUUUUGCCGGAGUAACAUGAUUGAUCUGAAAUGCCUUAAUACAUAAUGAAGUAAAAUGAGCCGCGCCAAGAGAAAACCAA